CACGAACACACACAGAGGAAUGAAUAAAUACGUCGUCUCUGCCCCCCCUCUCUCUAACAAAGCAAAGCAAAGCAAAGCAAAGCACAGCAUAGAUAUCAAAACCACAUCAUCACCCUCUAAAUCCCCGCCACCAAAACCACCGUGAUUAUCGGAGAUCUUCGUCAGAAAUGGGCGAGGGCGGAGGAGGAGGAGCAGGGGCACAGUAUGUGAAUGCGAAGACAUCAGUUUGGUGGGACAUAGAGAACUGUGCUGUACCGAGAGGCUGUGACCCUCAUGCCAUAGCACAAAACAUAAGCUCAGCUCUUGUCGAGAUGAAUUAUCGCGGUCCUGUCUCUAUUUCCGCUUAUGGUGACACUCAUGGUAUCAACUCAACUGCUCAACAGGCUCUUUCUAGCACUGGGAUUGCUCUCAAUCAUGUCCCUGCUUCAGGUGUUAAAGAUGCAAGUGACAAGAAGAUUCUUGUUGAUAUGUUGUUCUGGGCGGUGGACAAUCCUGCGCCAGCAAAUUACUUGUUGAUUUCUGGUGAUCGAGACUUCUCCAACGCUCUUCACCAGUUGAGAAUGAGGAGAUACAAUAUUCUUCUAGCACAGCCCAAGAGAGCAUCCGUACCCCUUGUUGCGGCCGCAAAGAAUGUAUGGCUUUGGACGAGUCUCUUGGCUGGAGGAAGGCCACUCCCUGAAGGUGAAUCACAACAACUCGGUAGCAAAAACUACACGUCCAGUCCAGGCACGACAGAGAUUCCAGUGUCUGGUGCCGCUCAAACGAAGGAACCAGUAGAUUCCUAUUCUGGGAAACCGUAUGUGGCAAAUCAGAACUCUCCUUCCACAUCAAGGCGUGAUAGAGGGAGAGCGAAUACAAUCCAAAGAAACCCGAGUCAAACAAAUGCAUCGAAAACAACAAACACGCCUUUUUACCCCAGUGCUCCUCCUCCAAUGCCUGCCAGACCCUACGGAACUAGCUAUACCUCUGCACCAUCUACAAGAGUGCCUGCUUUUGGUAGUUGGAACAAUUUUAGACACCCUGUCAGCUCUUGCCCUCAACGACGAAAUGCAGGGCUAGAGCAUGAUCCCAAGAAAUCAAAAGGGUUUUGUGCUGGAAAAAGACCAGAGCCAAGUAAAAACAAGAAGAAACCAGAGGGUGAAAACUCAAAAGGGUCUUGUGCAAGAAGAGGAGCAGAGGUAAAACAUGAUCCCCAGAAGAAACCACGCAGUGAAAACAAGAAGAAACCAGAGGGUGGAAACUCAAAAGGGUCUUGUGGAGGAAAAGGACCAGAGCUAAAACCUGACCCCAGUAAGAAACCAGAGGGUGAAAACAAGAAAGUGGCCAGUGCAAGAAAAGGUGUUUCAAUGAAAAAACCAGUUGUUCCUAGAUCAAAAAGACAUGUUAGCGUAACAAAACAGGACAAAGGUAAGAAAAAACCACCUGCUGCGAAAGCAAGAGUGCGAAAGUAAAAGGGAAAUGACAUGGAAAAUGUUUUGAUGGCUUGCUACAUCGUAUGGCAGCACUAUACAUGCCUGCCACAAGGCUAUUAGUGUGCAAUGGCUCCCGUGUUUCUCUUGUCUUGGGGAUAAAGGAGAGGAUGUUGGGGGUAUUUACGGUUUUAUCUUAUUAGCAUGAAGAAGGUGCAGGAUCUUCUUUGUGCUUACUGUAAUGUAAUCUUAUAUGUUUGGCGUGGGAAAAACGCAGGUUUCUGUAUCUAUCAUGUCGUUUUUAUUCCAUUGUUUCUGGCAUUUUAUCCUCAAA